UAUACAAUCAUCACAUCACAACAGUGUGCGGACAAUUUCUGACAACGGUUAGACGUGUCGCGUGAGAAAUAUUCCGAUAAUAUAAACACUUUGCUUUGAUUUUUUUUUGUCAAAAUAAUAUGCCGGAAAAAAAAUAUGAAAAAGCUUUUAUGAAACGUUAAAGAGUACAUCCAAAAUGGAUUUACUCUAUGCAAUAAGUAGGAAAAGUGCUGGAAAAUCCGCUGUGAAUCAAGAAAGUCUCCAUGAUGGGCCGUCGCUUUGUUCGUUAUCCAGUCGAAACAUAGCUGCGUUCACAACAACGACCGAAAUCGACGAUGUGGGUGGUAAAACAUGGGGAUCGCACGUAUAUGUUUGCGACCUCAACAUGCCAUGGCAUGCCCACAAGAUCUUAACCAGCCGUAAUCGAAUAACAGCCCUCGAAUGGGAUUUACCAGGAGGCAAACUCGUGGUAGCUGAUUCGAUAGGUUGCGUUCAAUUAUGGAUGUUCAAGGACUAUAUUCUGAACGAUUGGACGUUGAUUGGUACAGCAAAUUUUGUGGGGGAGCAUAUAAUUGGAGCAGCUUGGUUCCACAAUGGAAAAAAGACAGCUCUGGUUACUGAGAAAAAGGACAGUGUUCAUUACAGUGAAAAAUUCAAUAACUUGUUGUUUGCACCGUCUGUAAGACAAUUCGGUGGGCGAGCAGCUGAAGGCGUUCUUGUAGUUUCAACUACAGGGAUGGUUGGCGCUGUGAUGAUUACAAGGGACAUACAGAAUCCUGUGUGCGUUGCUACAGAAAGUUUGGGAAGCACGAGACACAGAAUAACUGCUGUUGAUCUUUGCUAUGGAAAAAACGGUCAUUUUCUUGUCGCUGUAAGCAGCGGGAAUAUUUCUCUCCCUAUAAGAUGCUUCAGAGUUUUGGUCCGAAAAAACGACGAAAAGUGUAGCAUAACGUCGCAGGCUCUGCCCAGUUUUUUUCUCCAAGAUGGAUCUUUGAAAGACAGUAAUUGUACGAGUGUGACUCAUCUGAAAUUUGUCGUUCGAGAAGAUGCAGAUUCGUUGGUUGUUGCAGCGAAUAGCGAAAGCGGUGGCUUCGUCGAAGUUUGGGAAUUGCGAGAAAAAUCACAGCCUGUCCAUAAAUUAUUUCAACCCAAGACACUAGAGCCCUUUUUCAAAACUGUAGUAUGGCAACAUCAAUCGCAAUAUCGCUCCCAAUCUCCGAUUACGGCAAUCGCUACGACCAAACUCUCAAUAGUGACGACUCUCCCCCCACCGAGUUACGUGAUAAUAACAUUAGCGGAUUCGUCGGUGCACUGUUUGAGUCGCGACUGCCUGAAGGAAGUAGCUUUUUCAUCGGUGAACAUGCCCUGGAGGCAGGACGAGCCGAGCGUUAAAUAUUCGCGGAAUACAGUCUCAAUAUCGCACAUUGACAUAUCUUGGCUCGGAUUUGUUUUGCUCGCUUCCGAUACGCAGGGCAAUUUAUACCUGUUCAAAUUAAUGCCCGAUGGAGGACCCUCGGUAACGUUGAACUACGCUUGUACUCUUUUGGAAUAUUGUCUCGUCACCGGACUUGAUUGGCUCGAUCUAUUGUUGUGCUUGAGAUCGUCCAUGAUCGAAACUCUUUGCGAAAGACUUGACGCCUCGUAUAACAGACAAACGCCUCCGACCCAACAGUAUCAUUAUAUACAAUUUUUGUGUAUAAAAACAUCACUCUACAGAAUGCUGGUUAACGGACAAAACAAAGCGGCAGAUUUAUCUUCCCUCCUCAUGGUUCACAGUGUCGCAACAGCAUUCAAAUCCCUUUUACGACCGUCCGAUUUAAUUUCCCAUGACAAAGGACCAGCCGAGAGUCUUGGCGCUGUUAUCGUCAACGACGCAAUAACAGACGUUGAUAAAAUUCUUCUGCAUCUCGAUCCAAAGGAAUUUACAGUUGAACCGAGCACGCUUCAAUCUCUCCAACAAUUGAUACAAUGGGUCGCAGAUUUGGCGUUGAAUUUGCUUGCCCGUUUGCCUGAACAACGAAUGCAGAUCAAAUCUGGCGGGUAUGAACUGCUCAAAGAUCACAAAGCCCUGAACACGAUUCGGGAACUUCUCGUCAUUAUUAGAAUUUGGGGUCUUUUGAGGCCUUCCUGUUUGCCGGUGUUUCUCCGAAGCGCUGACAAUUUGGACGUUUUAGCCCGACUCUUUCGGUUACUGUCGAAACUCGUUCAACCUAAUGGCGAUACGCAACAGCCUCAAAUCGACGAUUCCCUCAUUGACGAUUGUUGUUUGCUACCGAACGAGAUUAUGAUACCGCAAUUCCAUCAGGGGAACAGCAUCACCGGACUCUCAACACCCGUUAUUUUUUAUCAAAGUUUACCAUUACAGCUUGAAUAUGGGGUGGAGCCGGAACAACUCUUAUUCUUACCCGAAUUGAAUCCCAUCGAGGGCUGCAUGCACAGUGGCCAAAUUGUCGAUAAUAUACGACAUCUUUAUCUAGGAAAAUUACCACUCGUCGUCAAACAGUGUACCAGAUGCGGUGGUAAAGCACAAGUACCGAACAUGACGAGAACGGCCGCAAUCAGGGCAUGGGAUCAACGAUGGACAAGAGCCUGUCGAUGUGGCGGUACAUGGAGAAUUCAUAAAAUCUCACAAUGAUUUUUAUUUCAUCUGAAAAAUUAUUGUUUUCUCGGAUAGCCUUUAAUGAUUAUAACUAUUAAGCGAAAUUCACAAGUGUACAAUAAAUGAUGAUCUUUUUACUCAGUUUAA